AUGACCACGACACCACCCCUCGCGACGGGUGCCAACCCUCCGAUUCCCGCCGAACAGCUCGCCGCACUUACAUCGCUGCUGUCGGGUCUCACCGCUGCCGCUUCCGGCACUGCCACACCCGCCACGACGUCCGGCACCACUCGCACUGCCUUUCCAAAGCACGCACGCUUGGAUGGUGCGAAGACCUUCGCGAACUGGACACGCCAACUUCGCCUGUGCCUAGCGGACGACAUCCGCUCGUACGUCCUCGACGGUAUCGCACCCGACGACUGGACACCUUCGCAACGCUCCGCUCGCGACGCCGUCGCUCGUGAGGUCCUUGCGAAUUCGAUUGACUCGGCCGAAGUCUCGGCAGUCCUCGACAAAAUCCCUACCGCCGACCUGACAGCGCCGACAAUCUACUCGACGCUGAAAUUGCGGUACGCCCCUGACGACGCCACCCGCACGCUCGAGCUCUUCUCACGACUCUGGGGUUUCCGUCCCAUGCCCGGCACGGUUGCCGAAUUUGACGGGUGGAUCAUGGAGUUCAAAGCCGUUGCGCAAGAGAUCAUCGACACAAAGACGACUAUUAAUGAUGUUCUCGCCACACUCCUCCUUGCAAUCGCCCACCCGUCCCUCGAGAGCUUCAAGGCGUCGUUCACCGAUGAACAGCGCACGCAACGAACUCUCCCCGACAUUGAUUCGCUUGCCGACCGUAUGCGAGUCCAACUUCGGUCAACGAACAUCCCCAGCACUCAAUCGGCCCUUCUUGCCUCGUCGUCGUCACGUUCUACCCAUCCCAAGUGUCUCGCCUGUCGCAGCCCUUCGCACCGAGUCGCGGAGUGCCCUACGAGGGCGCAACACCCGCCGCCAGGACCCUGUCGCUCCUGCAAGAAGAAGGAUCACUGGUCUCUCGACUGCAAGAAGGCGCUCGAGGACGGCAAAAAGCCCGACACCGCUGACUCGACCGUCGACUCGCAACACCAUGUCGGAUGUCUCGCCACCGGUCUUCUCGCUCGUCGUCGCCAGCUUCGCAACCACUCUUUUGUCGUCGACUCGGGCGCCACUUCGCACAUGGUCUCGGACAAGUCGCUGUUCACGACCUAUCGCCAUAUCGCUCCUACGAAGAUUGGUGGUAUUGCAGGGGGCAUCAACGCCAUCGGAACGGGAAACAUCGCCUUCAUUGCCGCCUCGGGUCAUCCGAUCACGCUUACCGGCGUGCUGCACACUCCGGGCCUGUUUGUCAAUCUUCUCUCGGUCUCUCGACUUUGCGACACCGACGAUGUCCGUGUCGCCUUCACAAAACACGGCAUCCACAUUGACAAGGACGGCAACGACAUCGCUGAAGGCGCACAACUCGACGAAGGGCUCUACUUGCUGGACGCUGAUCAUUCCAAAUGUCAGCACCUUGCUCUCCUUUCUCGCUCACAGUCGUCCGUGCCCCUGCUGACUCUCCAUCGCUGCCUCGGCCAUCUCGCACCGUCCUCCAUACAGAAGAUGGUUGCCGCUGGUUUGCUGGAGGGUCUCAGGGCCGGAUAUAGUGACGAAGAGGUAGAGAAGUUUGUCUGCAAUGCUUGCCUCAGCGCAAAGGGCCAUCGUCUGUGAAGAGUCCACUCUCAGCUCGACAGGGGCGCCUCGGUCGUUGCGCGCACUUGCUAGCCCGCCCCCGGCGGUGGGGACUUAGACGCGCGCGACUGCCUCAGCGCGCCAGCGCCGGCGGAUUCAUGCGCGCGCCCGCUAGCCCGCCCCCUUGCGGUGGGGACUUAGGCGCGCCGGCGAUUUCACCCGCGGCUGACUUAGGGAUGUACAUUGUCACGCGCCUGGGACUAUCCCAGCGUGGCCCCCCCCUUUCUGUUUCUUAGCUUCCUUCUCAUCACUUCUGUUCGACUCUCAACCUCUCCUGACAGUAGUGGUGAACGUCUCAUAGGUACGCUGAAAUAGAUCACUUCUGUUCGACUCUCAACCUCUCCUGACAGUAGUGGUGAACGUCUCAUAGGUUAUAAGCCCACGAGCCACCAGCUGGCAUGACCACGACACCACCCCUCGCGACGGGUGCCAACCCUCCGAUUCCCGCCGAACAGCUCGCCGCACUUACAUCGCUGCUGUCGGGUCUCACCGCUGCCGCUUCCGGCACUGCCACACCCGCCACGACGUCCGGCACCACUCGCACUGCCUUUCCAAAGCACGCACGCUUGGAUGGUGCGAAGACCUUCGCGAACUGGACACGCCAACUUCGCCUGUGCCUAGCGGACGACAUCCGCUCGUACGUCCUCGACGGUAUCGCACCCGACGACUGGACACCUUCGCAACGCUCCGCUCGCGACGCCGUCGCUCGUGAGGUCCUUGCGAAUUCGAUUGACUCGGCCGAAGUCUCGGCAGUCCUCGACAAAAUCCCUACCGCCGACCUGACAGCGCCGACAAUCUACUCGACGCUGAAAUCGCGGUACGCCCCUGACGACGCCACCCGCACGCUCGAGCUCUUCUCACGACUCUGGGGUUUCCGUCCCAUGCCCGGCACGGUUGCCGAAUUCGACGGGUGGAUCAUGGACUUCAAAGCCGUUGCGCAAGAGAUCAUCGACACAAAGACAACUAUCAAUGAUGUUCUCGCCACACUCCUCCUUGCAAUCGCCCACCCGUCCCUCGAGAGCUUCAAGGCGUCGUUCACCGAUGAACAGCGCACGCAACGAACUCUCCCCGACAUUGAUUCGCUUGCCGACCGUAUGCGAGUCCAACUUCGGUCAACGAACAUCCCCAGCACUCAAUCGGCCCUUCUUGCCUCGUCGUCGUCACGUUCUACUCGUCUCAAGUGUCUCGCCUGUCGCAGCCCUUCGCACCGAGUCGCGGAGUGCCCUACGAGGGCGCAACACCCGCCGCCAGGACCCUGUCGCUCCUGCAAGAAGAAGGAUCACUGGUCUCUCGACUGCAAGAAGGCGCUCGAGGACGGCAAAAAGCCCGACACCGCUGACUCGACCGUCGACUCGCAACACCAUGUCGGAUGUCUCGCCACCGGUCUUCUCGCUCGUCGUCGCCAGCUUCGCAACCACUCUUUUGUCGUCGACUCGGGCGCCACUUCGCACAUGGUCUCGGACAAGUCGCUGUUCACGACCUAUCGCCAUAUCGCUCCUACGAAGAUUGGUGGUAUUGCAGGGGGCAUCAACGCCAUCGGAACGGGAAACAUCGCCUUCAUUGCCGCCUCGGGUCAUCCGAUCACGCUUACCGGCGUGCUGCACACUCCGGGCCUGUUUGUCAAUCUUCUCUCGGUCUCUCGACUUUGCGACACCGACGAUGUCCGUGUCGCCUUCACAAAACACGGCAUCCACAUUGACAAGGACGGCAACGACAUCGCUGAAGGCGCACGACUCGACGAAGGGCUCUACUUGCUGGACGCUGAUCAUUCCAAAUGUCAGCACCUUGCUCUCCUUUCUCGCUCACAGUCGUCCGUGCCCCUGCUGACUCUCCAUCGCUGCCUCGGCCAUCUCGCACCGUCCUCCAUACAGAAGAUGGUUGCCGCUGGUUUGCUGGAGGGUCUCAGGGCCGGAUAUAGUGACGAAGAGGUAGAGAAGUUUGUCUGCAAUGCUUGCCUCAGCGCAAAGGGCCAUCGUCUUCCCUUUCCCGAUUCGGAUUCGCACUCCUCAGAGAGACUCGGCCUUGUACACAGCGAUGUGCUUUCCUUCCCCGAGCGGUCCUUGACUGGCAAACGUUACCUGGUCACAUUCCUUGACGAUUACUCGCGCAAACUCUGGGCCUACGCAAUCGGACACAAAAGCGAAGUCUUCGGCAUAUUCAAAACUUGGCUAGCCGAGGUUGAACUCGAGACGGGUGCGACGCUGAAGGUCCUCCGAACCGACAACGGUGGCGAAUACUGUUCGAGAGCGUUCACAGAGUUCUGCAAGACACGAGGCACCCGUCGACAAUACUCUAUCCCACGCACGCCUCAACAGAACGGUCGUGCAGAGCGGGUCAAUCGUUCCAUUGUCGAAGGCGUCCUUGCCCUCCUUGUCGACGCCCACCUACCCAAGACAUUCUGGGAGGAGGCUGCAGCUUAUUUCGUUUACUGCAAGAACCUGUGUCAACACGCGGCCCUGGACAAGGCAACACCAAACUCCGUCUGGCAGGGUGACCACACCACUGCCUCGGCGCUUCACCCGUUCGGCUGUACAGCUUGGCUUACGGUCGCGCCCGAACUUCGCUCCAAACUCGACCCGAAGGCGGUUCGCGUUUUUUUCACCGGCUACGACCUGGCUUCAAAAGCCUUUCGCUUCUACGACACUACAACACAGAAGAUUAUACUUGGCAGAAAUGCCACGUUCCUCGACACUGAAUUCCCCGGAUUACAUGGCGACCCCACUGAGCAAGACGGCGACACGCACUUCGCCAGCGCUCCCACCACCGAAUCUCAAACCGUUGUCAAGACAUGGACCCCACUAGUAAGGUCGGCGCACAUGGACGUCUCAUCCCCCCUUGAUGAUUCUGCCAUGAGCGCCGUUGACGUGGCCCCAGGGUACACUGGCGGAACCUUACUUAACUUCACAGAUGCCGAAUCGUCCUCGUCACCGUCGCCUGCGUCGCCCUCAUCACCGUCGUCUGCGCCAUCGCCUGCACUUUCACCAUCGUCGGCUGCGUCAUCGUCACCCUCGGCCUUACCGACCGACUCUGAAGACUCCGCCGAUCCCCUCGACCUCCUCGGCUCACAGCCCCAGGUUCGCCUCGAUCUACAGGACGUGCACCACCCAGACUUCAGCACGUACCGCGAGCCCGCAUCGGCUGAGGAGUCGCCCGACGAACUCGACCUCAUUGGGCGCCACUCUCGCGACGAAUCUCCGGACGAAAUCGAUUUCCUCACCCGACACCACCGCGCCUUCAUCGCCAUCGACGACGACACCUCUGACACAGAGGCAAUUCAGCCAGUCAAGUCCAUCACGAGCGACCCACAGACCUGGCGCGAGGCGAUGUCUAGCGACAAGCGUGAAGUAUGGGCCAAAGCCGCCACCGACGAGUUCACCUCCAUGCGCGACGACUUCAAGGUCUUCACCAUCGAGGACCGAGCCACGGUGCCCGCGGGUGCGACUAUCGUUACAUCCAAGUUCGUCUGGAAAACGAAACGGAACGCACUCGGCGAAGUCACUGGACACAAGGCAAGGCUGGUCGCGCAAGGCAAUCGGCAACGCGACGGCAUCGACUUCAACGAAACGUUCGCACCGGUCGCACGCUUCUCCUCGAUACGCUCACUCCUCGCGCUGGCGGCCGCCAACGGCUUGCACGUGCACCAGGCGGACAUCGACAAAGCAUAUCUGCAUGGCGACCUUGACCACGACAUCUGGAUGACGGCACCGCGCGGCUUCGACCUUCCCAGCGACAAGGUGCUUCGCCUGCGACGCUCCAUCUACGGGCUCAAACAGGCUGGCCGAAUCUGGAAUCGACACAUCGACGCUUCGCUUCGGGCCCUCGGUUACACGGCGACGGGCACCGACCACUGCGUAUACUCUUGGCUCGAUGAUCGUCAAUGUCCACACUACAUCGCACUGUACGUCGACGACCUCCUGAUGAUCAGCCCGGAACUGGCCGAAAUCGAACGUGUCAUCUCAGGCCUGGACCAACGCUACGGAGUCAAGCGCCUCGGCCCGGCCGAGUAUAUCCUCGGCAUCCAGAUCAGGCGGUUCGACGACGGCUCUAUCGCCCUAUCCCAGGAACGGUACAUCAUGGACGUGCUCGCUCGGUUCCACUUCGACACCACGACUCGCGGCACUACAGUUCCGAUGACUCCCGGCCUUUCGCUCACUGCUAUCCCGGGUCAAGGCACCGAACGGAUCAGGUCAUGGUAUCUGCAGGCUAUCGGCUCGCUCCUCUACAUUUCGCUCGGUACCCGCCCUGACAUCGCCUUCGCCGUGUCCUACCUGGCCCGCUUCGCCAACAACCCCGGUCGUCGUCAUUGGAUUGCGGUCAAGCACAUCCUACGCUAUCUCCGGGCCACGUAUCGCAACGAACUCGUGUAUGCUCGCGGCCAGGCUCGCAUCACGGGUGUGGUAGGCUACUCCGACGCGAACUGGGGGGCCUGCAUCGACACAUCGGUGUCCACCAUGGGCUACGUCUUCUACAUCGCUGGCUCGGCCGUGUCCUGGUCGUCCAAACGCCAGUCUCGAGUUGCCGAUUCGACCACCGACGCUGAAUACCUCGCCCUCUCGCAUGCUGGCAAGGAAGGGAUUUACCUCAGUCAGCUGCUCGAAGAGCUCCAUGUACAACCUGUUGCACCGGCUCACAUCUUUACUGACAACGAAGCCGCUGCUGCAGUUGCUCACGAUCCUGUCCGCGUCUCUGGCACUCGGCACAUACGCUUGCGUGAGCACUUCGUUCGGGACAUGGUGAAUCGGGGCGACAUCUCUCUCUCGCAUGUGGGUACCAGCGACAUGGUGGCCGACAUCUUCACCAAGGCUCUCGGCCCAAAGGUCUUCUCAACGCACUGCUACGCCCUCGGCCUUCGCACUCGACACCCGCGGCUUGGGUCUGCCUCGCAUUCGCGUGGGGGGGGGGUGUGAAGAGUCCACUCUCAGCUCGACAGGGGCGCCUCGGUCGUUGCGCGCACUUGCUAGCCCGCCCCCGGCGGUGGGGACUUAGACGCGCGCGACUGCCUCAGCGCGCCAGCGCCGGCGGAUUCAUGCGCGCGCCCGCUAGCCCGCCCCCUUGCGGUGGGGACUUAGGCGCGCCGGCGAUUUCACCCGCGGCUGACUUAGGGAUGUACAUUGUCACGCGCCUGGGACUAUCCCAGCGUGGCCCCCCCCUUUCUGUUUCUUAGCUUCCUUCUCAUCACUUCUGUUCGACUCUCAACCUCUCCUGACAGUAGUGGUGAACGUCUCAUAGGUACGCUGAAAUAGAUCACUUCUGUUCGACUCUCAACCUCUCCUGACAGUAGUGGUGAACGUCUCAUAUCGUCUUCCCUUUCCCGAUUCGGAUUCGCACUCCUCAGAGAGACUCGGCCUUGUACACAGCGAUGUGUUUUCCUUCUCCGAGCGGUCCUUGACUGGCAAACGUUACCUGGUCACAUUCCUUGACGAUUACUCGCGCAAACUCUGGGCCUACGCAAUCGGACACAAAAGCGAAGUCUUCGGCAUAUUCAAAACUUGGCUAGCCGAGGUUGAACUCGAGACGGGUGCGACGCUGAAGGUCCUCCGAACCGACAACGGUGGCGAAUACUGUUCGAGAGCGUUCACAGAGUUCUGCAAGGCACGAGGCACUCGUCGACAAUACUCUAUCCCACGCACGCCUCAACAGAACGGUCGUGCAGAGCGGGUCAAUCGUUCCAUUGUCGAAGGCGUCCUUGCCCUCCUUGUCGACGCCCACCUACCCAAGACAUUCUGGGAGGAGGCUGCAGCUUAUUUCGUUUACUGCAAGAACCUGUGUCAACACGCGGCCCUGGACAAGGCAACACCAAACUCCGUCUGGCAGGGUGACCACACCACUGCCUCGGCGCUUCACCCGUUCGGCUGUACAGCUUGGCUUACGGUCGCGCCCGAACUUCGCUCCAAACUCGACCCGAAGGCGGUUCGCGUUCUUUUCACCGGCUACGACCUGGCUUCAAAAGCCUUUCGCUUCUACGACACUACAACACAGAAGAUUAUACUUGGCAGAAAUGCCACGUUCCUCGACACUGAAUUCCCCGGAUUACAUGGCGACCCCACUGAGCAAGACGGCGACCCCACUGAGCAAGACGGCGACACGCACUUCGCCAGCGCUCCCACCACCGAAUCUCAAACCGUUGUCAAGACAUGGACCCCACUAGUAAGGUCGGCGCACAUGGACGUCUCAUCCCCCCUUGAUGAUUCUGCCAUGAGCGCCGUUGACGUGGCCCCAGGGUACACUGGCGGAACCUUACUUAACUUCACAGAUGCCGAAUCGUCCUCGUCACCGUCGCCUGUGCCGUCCUCGUCACCGUCGCCUGCGUCUGUUGAACUUCGCUCCAUCUCACUUCUAGGACAAUAUGCGCUCACUGAAGUAGAGGUGCCUCGCCUUUUGGUGCAGUGGUAUAUUGUUCCUUCAUAG